AGGCGGGCAGUGCUGGCUCAGACCUAGUCCGUCUGUUGCAGCGACACCACCACCAUCACCACUAUCACCACCACCACCACCACCACCACCACUCGCCACAACAGGUGUCCUCCCCCGCACACACUUCGCACACGCACAGGAUAAGUGAACACGCACCAAGGAUCUGCGUGAGUGAGAACUGUGAAUCUUGUAGUGAGUGGUGACAGUGACUUCGUGAGUGUGUGUGUGGGGUUCGCGUUCCGAGUGGGCGAAGGGAGGAAGGAAUGAAGUGAAGGAAGUGGAGAAAGAAAGACAGACAAUUAGAACUAUGCGAUAAGAACUUUCUCCUCCUUCCCCAAAUCACCAAAAGCCCGGAUAAUGAGUACGAAGGGAGGCCGCGAGGUGACCAAGAUUAAGUACCACUAAUAGGGAGAAAAAUCAAAGGAAAAAGAAGAAAAACACUCACGGACUUAGUGAAAGGAAAUAAAAAAAAGUAAUUCUUGCGUCUCCUCACGAAAAAAAAAGUAAGAAAAGUGACACGGGAAAAGGAGAAAAAGUACACAUUGAAAUUAACUAAAUGUAUACGAAUGGAUAUGAAUGAGGAGAAGUUGGUGAAUGUUCAUACUUUUUUUCAGACAGAGUGAUCGCGUUAAGUUGUGCUGAUCCCGUUGACGCGUUGCUCUGUCUUCACCUCUGUCCCCCGCGACGUGCUACACUGCAUCGCCAUUACCAGACGAGGACGAAGGAGACGCGUGGUUAAGGUGUGGUAAGAGUGAAGAGUGAACCUGCGAUCCUUUAGACUGGACAAACACACGCAAGGACACACACAAUGGAGACUCAACGCUGGACUCGGCCUCUGCGCUCCCCUGGCCUAAAUGAUCUCUUGGAAUAGAAGGCAGCAGAAUAACAGCAGUACCAGCAGCAGGGGAGGUGUCGCAUCAGCCGGCCGACGCUCCCAUUUGUCUCAAUCUCCAGAGGGACGUGAAGAAAAGCGACUGCUGCUCCUCUUGACCUUCUAUUCAUCCCGUCGAGGAGAGCAACAAAAAACGGGGCGUCAAGGAGUGGCCGAAGAAAAAUGGGAAGAAAAGGCAGGGAAGUCACAGUAUCUUUGUAAGGAUCAAUCUUGCCUGACGGAGUGAUUCAUGAGGUGCUACUGACACGUUUCCUACACCACCUGACGGAGGGCCACGCCGGGCAGAGCAAUGUGUUGGCAGUGCGGUGACCUCUAGCGGCAGCCAAGAGCCAAGAACCUCCAGGUGAUGUCCCAGGUGUCACAGACCAGACCAGUGACCCACGCACCCACGCCUCCUCUCGGCAGCCGCGCCACCACGCCCCCAGGGAUGGAUCAGGCUGAGGAUGUCUACGCGGACAGCUUGUGGGAGGCUAGUCCAUCCCCCGUCCUGCGAGACUCCCUCCUGCAGCCGUACGUGAAGCAGGUGGUUCUGUCCGGCGCGGAGUACGUGGACCACACUCUAGAGGCGGAGAUGGAGCACGGGAUUCUCUGGUCCAACUCCAGCGAGGUGAACGGCAGCGCCACCUCCCCCAUGCACAUCCCCGAGAGCUUGACGGAUAUCAACAUGACGCAGCUGAUCGCCUACUCGCUGCUCUUCCCCAUCGCCGCCGUCGGGAACCUGCUGGUGUUCGUGGCGCUGUUCAGGAACCGCCACCGUAAGUCCCGCGUCAAUAUGAUGAUCCUGCACCUCUCCCUGGCGGACAUGAUCGUCACCUUCGUCUUCUUGCCCACGGAGAUCACCUGGCACGUCACCAUAGAGUGGGUCUUCGGGAACUUCGGCUGCAAGGUGUACAAAUUCCUCUCAGCGUUCGGCUUCUACAUGUCCUCAAUGGUGCUCGUGUGUAUCAGUCUGGACCGCUACUUCGCUGUGCUGCACCCGCUCAAGGUGAACGACGCCCAACGCAGAGGGAAGAUAAUGCUGUUCUUCGCCUGGCUCAUCUCCGCAGUCAUCUCCCUCCCGCAGAGUGUCAUAUUCAACGUGCAGCCUCACCCAAACUACCCAGAUUUCUACCAGUGUGUCACGUUCGGGUUUUUCGAGAACAACAACGGCGGGGAGAUGAUGUACACUGUGUUCUGCAUCUCCUUCCUCUACUUCAUCCCGCUGUCCAUCAUCAUCAUCGCCUACACGAGAAUCAUCAUUGAAAUCAGCAAGAAAAGCAGAGAUACACAACACGACCACAGGCAGGGCGGGAGGUACCACGGGCGCCUACAACUACGGCGGAGCAACAUGUCCAAUAUAGAGAGGGCGAGGACGCGAACUUUACGAAUGACCUUCAUCAUCGUCAUGGCCUUCGUCUGGUGCUGGACGCCCUACGCCCUUGGCACGCUGUGGAACUUCAUUGACCCCAAAACGUUCUACGACAUGAACAAACACGUGCAGGACAUCCUCUUCAUCAUCGCCGUCAGUAACUCCGUCGUGAACCCGAUCAUUUAUGGCCGCUACUCCAUAAGCUGCUGCCGGGGACUGUGCGACCAAGCGGGGGAUUUCUGCUGCCUCUGUUGCUGCUGCUGCGGGCGACGAAGAGGAGGGCGGCAUCGUCUGGAAUCCCUAGUGCCUCCCCCAACGCCUCACUCGUGUAAAAGCAACGGGAAUUGUCAAGGAUCAGCAGCAAACACCCGAAGCACUGUAUACAACUCAACGAGGGAUAGAAGAACAAUGGGAGUCAUGUUGCAGCAACAACAAGAACAACAACAACAGACGGCCACCAGCAUACGCAACGAAUCUAAUGCAAUGUUGCCAAGUCGAGAGGAAUCCCAGCUCUCACCACUACUAAGACGUGGCAGAGCUGGAACGGUGACACGUCUCUGGAAACCCUAGUCACGUGUGUGUGUGUGUGUGUGUGUGUGUGUGUGUGUGUGUGUGUGUGUGUGUGUGUGUGUGUGUGUGUGUGUGUGUUGGAGAGGGAACAACGAGGGAGCUUUGUAUUUCUUAACCAACUAUCUCUUGCUCAAAAGAUAUACACAACUAGUAUACUGUAAUCACACGCGGUAAGAUAAAGUAAGUCAGUAAGAUAGAUCACAUAAAUAAAAUAGCAUAAAUAAUGUAUAACGUGUCUAGAAAGAUAUUUUUUGGAAGGCUUUUUAUUUCUCUAUUUGUAUAUGAUUGUAUAUGAAUACCUAUAUAUAUAUAUAUGUGUGUGUGUGUGUGUGUGUGUGUGUGUGUGUGUGUGUGUGUGUGUGUGUGUGUGUGUGUGUGUGUGUGUGUGUGUGUGUGUGUGUGUGUGUGUAAUCAUGUAAGUGGAGUAUUUUUGUAAACCUCUGGAUGUACAAGGUGCAUGUGUGGCCACCAUCACCUCUAUAUAUCACCAAAAAUAAAAACUCAACAACGUCA